GUAACUAACUAGCACGCUAGGAACAGGAAGAAGAAGAAGAAGAAGAAGAGUAGUGUGCUAGGCGUAUUUCAGCUCCUCCGCCCUGAAUAGUGAUAUCUACGUUCACCUUCUGAUUUAUAUUUACACAUACAUAUAUGGCCAACAGAAUUCUUAAUUUUAUCUUUAUCAUUAGGGUUCCCUCUAUUUUGUAAACAUUCCGCCGAAAAAGAGAAGACGGUUUAACCCUUUUACUGGGAAUUUCUCUCGGCUGCUUGUGACUCGUCAGAACUGCACAGGAGCGGUUGUGUGCCGUGAGCAGUUGGACUUCAACGCUGAGCCCCCUUGGGAUCCUAGCUGAUAACAGGAGGGGUCUGGCUUUCGACCUCACUCUUGGAUAUCGCUAGGACCCAGGAGCUGUGAGGGCUUUGCUAAAUAGGUGACCCGCUUUAUGACUGUGUUAACCCGGACUUUUGGAUGAGGAUGAAAGCGACGCUGAAUGAAUUGCUCUGUUCUGUCGAGCUGCUUGAAGGAGACACCGCUCUCCGCGACGUCAUCAACAAACACAGCUCUGACCAAACGCAAGCACAAAAGAGUGCGUUCUUUGUGGCGGAUCUGGGUGCCAUCAUUUGGCAGCAGAUCCGAUGGAAAACUCACAUGGACCAUGUUCGACCUUUCUACGAAAUGAAGUGUAACAGCAGUGCUGUGGUGGUUGAGAUCCUGGCUGCACUGGGAACCGGCUUCGUUUGCUCCAGCAAGAACGAGUUGGAGUUGGCGAAGAGCUUCGGCGUCCCUGCUCAAGACGUCAUCCUGGGUGGAGCCUGCAAGCAACUCUCCCUCAUUAAAUAUGCUGCUAAACAUGGUGUCCGGCUGCUGGUGUGUGACAAUGAGGCUGAGAUGAGGAAGAUCUCUCGAUGCCACCCAAAUGCAAGGCUGCUGAUUCAGGUGUACACAGCAGGCUGCUGCGAGCACGAGGAAACGGCCAUGCCGUUCGGCUGCACGCUGAAGGACUGUAGGCACCUGCUGGAGUGCGCAAAGGAGCUCGGCCUGAACGUAACCGGAGUCAAGUUCCACGUCCCCAGCUGCUGCGCUGAGCCCGAGGCCUUCACUCAUGCUGUGUCAGAUGCACGCUGUGUGUUCGACAUGGGGGCUGAACUUGGAUUUGCCAUGAGUAUUCUAGACGUUGGUGGAGGUUUCGAUGGAAUCGAGGCUCAGUUAGAAAAGGUGAACAGGGCGUUGAAACCCAUGCUGGAUGUGUACUUCCCUCAGUCAACGGGUGUGUCUGUCAUCGCUGAACCUGGUGCCUAUUAUGUGUCUGCUGCUUUCUCACUGGCUGUGAGCAUCAUCUCAAAGAAAAUGACAGCUCAGGACGCCAAGCAUCAUGCACACGAUGCUCUGUCUGGAAACGAUGAGCCGGAGUUCACCUAUUGUCUGAACGAUGGAGUGUUUGGCUCUUUUUCCUAUAAACUGUUGGAGGAGUCUGUUCCUGUUCCAUCUCUACUUAAGGAGAUCUCUGCUGAGGAGCCGUUCUUCGCCAGCAAUCUGUGGGGGAGCACGAAUGAUGGUCUGGACCAGGUGCUGGAGUCCUGUCUUCUCCCAGAGCUCAGUGUUGGCGACUGGCUGGUGUUUAACCACACUGGGGCCAACAGUCUCAGAGCGACGGGAGAACCCACGCCGCCCGUUCACUACAUCAUCUCUGCGCAAGACUGGUACGAGAUUCAAAACUACGGCGUCACACUGGACACAGCCCUGAAGAACUUCUCUCUGGUCCCGUGUUUUCAGAAGCCCAGUCUAAGCGAGAGCGCCAUCUCCACUCCGGCUUAGCAAAGCUGCUCUUCGGCUACUGCAGCCUCGCGGGUUAAUUAUUUUUUUUAAUAUAUAUAAAUAAAGGAGCCAUCUGGACUCUUCUGGGACCAGAAUACAACGAAUGAGGUUUCAGAAGGGUUAUCGGUGCAAGAAGAAAUGCACUGUCAUGUUAAUCAUGACCGUCAGGUCAUGUCACGAUAGAGUUUAGUCAUUUGCGGGGUUGAUGGUUAGUGCUGUUUACAAACCUGCUAGAGUAUUUAAUUCAGUUUUAUAAAUAUAUACCAACACGCAUAUAUGUAAUAAUAUUUCGUGCAAGACAGAGUUCGGUGUUUAUUUAUUGAAUACGAAGAAGCCUUGUACUUUUUUAAAAGCCAUGUGUUUAUGAUGCUGGUGUUGGAGAAGCCAGCAGGUGGCAGUGCAGUGCUGUGGUCUGAUAUUUUUAGAAUUCGAUGAGUCUAACUCUCCAUUCUGACACUGUUCGUAAAGCACGUGGCUUUUUUUUUUCUUUUUCUUUUUUCUCUUACCAUUUCCUUUUAGAUUUUAUUUGCUGCCAUCUACUUAACAAGCUUAUGUAAAGUUUUAGAUGGGUCCCUUAGAAAUAUGAGUGUUGAGUAAACACCUAGAAGGCAUAAGAGCUGACAAAAUCCUCUAUAUAUCACUAUGUUCAGUCUGGGUUAACAUUGCUGAUUACUUCAUCUACGUCUGGCAUAUGGUAACCCCUUGCAAUUUAGUAAGGAGAUUCACAAGAAGAUUGCUACAGUCUCCUGUGUGUGUGUGUGGGUGUGGCAACACAAAUGGUUAGUGGGAACAUACAACCUUUGGAGUUUGAAUCACCACACUUUGAGGAUGUUCACCAGCCUUUUUUUUAUUAUUAUUAUUUUAUUUUAACUUUGUAGCAAAUAAACAAAUUACAAGUUUUGUUUAAUAGCUGAACAUCCUGACUUUGUGAAACAUACCUCAAACAAAUUAAAUGAAAUUAGUUUAAUUAAUGGCACUUAGAGGAAAAAAUUAUGGAAUCAACUUGUAAUUUACAUUUCUAAAACAAAUACCAGCCCAAAUCUAAAAAAUGCUAAUUCGUCUGCAGUUAAAAGAGAGUGCUUACAGACCAUAAUCUUGGAAGGAGACAUGGCCCCAACAAGAGAGUUGUCAAUUGAAACAAGGGAAAGGAUUAUAAAACUCAACAACCCAAAUAUGUUGGUUGUUCCCAGUCAGCUGUGUCUAAAGUUUGGUGCAAGUAUAAACAAAAUGGGAAGGUUAUGAAAGGAAAACAUAAUAGUAGACCAAGGAAGAUGGCAAAGUGUCAGGACAGAAAAUGUACAGCGAUAUGCCUUGAAAAUGCACAACAGAAUGAAUGAAAAAGAAAUGGGUGGAAACAGGAGUCAGUGUUUGUGACAGAAGUGUAAGAAAUCAGCUGAAUGAAAUGGGAUUUAUGUAUAGAAAAGGCAAGUGAAAACCAGCACUAACACGUAAACAAGGUCACAGUGGGUUAAAGAGAAGUGAUCAUGGAGUUUGGAUGAAAGUGAUAUUCAGCAAUGGAACUUCUCUUUGGUGACAUUCUAAUGAAACAUAUAAAGACGACUGCCUGGAUAAAUCAAAUCAAAUUUCCCCACUCAUUUAUGGUAAGGGAUUGCAUGUCAGGUAAAGGACCAGGGGAGACCUUUACAGUCAAUGCACAGGCGUACGUUGAAACUUUGGACACUUUUCCUCAUUCCAUCAAUAGAAAAUAGGUUUGGUUGUGAUGAAUCAUUUUUCAGGAUGAUAAUGCAUCUCACUACAGAGCAAAGAGUGUUGAAGCUUUUCUUCAGGAAAGGCAGGUUGACUCUGACCUGGCCAGCAAACAGACCGGAUCUCAAUCCGAUGGAAAAUUUAUGGUGGAAAUUUAAGAAAUUCGUCCAUGAUAAGGCUCCAUCCUGCAAAGCUGAUCUGUCAAUCAUUAUUCGAGGUAGUUGCAACAAGCUUGAUGGAGAAUAUUGUUUUUCAUUAGUGAAAUCCACGCCUCAAUGAAUUCAGACCAUCAAAAGCAUGAAGAAGAGCAACAAUAAUUUUUUUUUGUUGAUUAAUUUUUUUCCCCUCUGGAAACAAUAUGCGCCAUUAAUUAAAACAAUUUAAUUUGUUUGAGGUAUGUUUCACGAAGCCAGAAUGUUCAGCUAUUAAACAAAAAUUGUUUCGUUUAUUUGCUACGAAGUAAAAAAGUCGGGAGCAUCCUCCAAGUGUGGUGAUUGUUUUUUUUUUUCCCCCCUCACUUCCUACCCAGCGGUAAUAACUUGGAGAGCUGCGAUACUGUGAAAAUGACUUUCUGCAAAAUUUGUAUCUUAAGAGAACUGCAAUAUUGAAUACAAUUACAUGGGUUCAUUUUAGCAGAGCAGCCAAGCAUAUGAACCCCCCCUGUUUUCUAUGUGAAGCUUCUAGGCAUGAGCUGAUUUAAAAUUUUCACAUCAACGUAAUCACUCAAAGCCAUAUUUGUGUCAACGUUAGAUCUUAAUUCUUAAAUGUAGUUGACGAGUGGAAAAAAUAAAACCAGGCUUUUUGUCUGACGUUUGCUUCUUUAAAAGGCCAGUUCACAUUAAUAGUACCUUUCAGUCCUCAAAAUCCACAACUGCAGCACUAACACCAACAUGGGAACCCAGAAUAAAUUAAACGAUGCAGUUUAUUCGCUGUCCCAUUGUGUGGUGUUUGUUUUAAGUGAACUGAAUUACAGCUGGCACUGAAGUUUAACGCCCCUCUGUACAACAGUGUCAAUGAGCCGUGAGGGAUGAAAAUAGUUUUCUUGGGAUGAAUAAAAACGAUUCACUGUCGCUGUUUCUGCUGGUCGGAAUCAGUGUUUAUUUAUUACUUGUGCAAUGCUUUCCAGUCAUCUCCAGUGUUUUGUGCUCAAUCUACCAGGUAAAUGUUGCUAACAAAAGACAGUGUACAUUUCACUCCGUGCAGUUUACAAUAUUCUCAUUAUCUUGUGCUCGUUACCAUGUUCUCGUUGCGCAGCAUUUUAAACACGCAUUAAAAACCUCAUGCUGUGAAGGACACAUGCUUCAAUAUUUGUCUGAAAAAAGGACUUUAAUUAGACUGUUCUUAUAUUAAGGAGCUUCUAUCGGAAUGAAACACCGUCACAGAGACAACGAUUGUUUGGGAUAACGUGUUUUCGGGUGUUACAUAUCGAGACGUAUCUAAUUAUCCGCACAUGCCUAGAAGCUUUUGGUUGUAUGUUGAAAUAUAUAUAUAUAUAUAUAUAUAUAUAUAUAUAUAUAUAUAUAUAUAUAUAUAUAUAUAUAUAUAUAUAUAUAUAUAUAUAUAUAUAUAUACACACACACACACACACACACACACACACACACACACACACACACACACACACACACAUACAUACAUAUACACACACACACACAGUUUGCAUUGUUAAAGAAAGUGCUGUAUGGUUUCUGUAAGUGCCGUCGGAGGAGCUUGGUAACGUCGGGACGCGAGCAGACGAUGGACAAGCUUCCCAGUUUACUAAAACAAACAGUGUUUUUAAAUGAGAGACGUAUUGGACGGAAAAUGUAAUUGUUUGACAAUACACUGUCAGUAAAUGAGUGUG